AUGGUUCCAGUUAUUGUAGCAUUAAGGAAAAUGGUUACCAGAACCAGAGAAAAAGAAGAAGGAAUAUUCGAUUCGAGCGAUUCGAUCCCUGACACAAAUAAAAUUAAUAAAUUAACUCCAGACAGCUUUUCAGAAAUAUCAAAAUAUAAUUUAAGAUUAUACGAUAAUUUUAAUGCCAGUACAAGCUCAUUUGUGAAUAAUACCGAAAAUAUUCUAGAAAAUUCAGAUAUAACUUACCAAAAUUGUCAAAAAGAAAGUUCUGAAACUUAUGAAAAUAUAUUAAAAAAUCUUAAUAAUUCAACAACUAUUGAUUCUAAUAACACAAUUGAAAAACCAAAAUUUGAAAACGAAAACACAGCAAUAAUAAUAAAUAAUCAAAAAGGAGAUAACCUAAACUCUGAAAUUCAUUCUACUCCGUUAAAUAAACAAACACUGAUAAUGACCGAAAAAAUGCUAAUGAUUAGACCAGCCCAGUUCUCAGCAUUUGUAAAAGGUACAUCAAACACAUUUUUGGAAAAUUUUGAGGACAAAAAUAAUAAUUGGACAUGGAAUAAUUUGAAACAGGAGUUUCUCGAAGAAUUUCAACCAAUCGGUUACAAUACAAUUUUAAAAACUAAAUUAGAAAAUAGACAACAAGGCGAUACAGAGUCUAUAAUGAGUUUUGUAACAGAAAUAGAAAAUAUAUAUAGGAGCAGAAGUUAUAAUAGAGAAACAAAUUAUCGAGGACGACAACGUGAAUACAGAGAUAAAAGUCCAUACCCAGGAAGAUAUAAUGACAGAAGUAGAGAAUCUAGCAGAAAUAGACAAUAUGGUAGAGACAGAUCGCAGUCCAGAAAGAGAGAAUAUUACAAUAAAAUACAGAACAAGACUAAUACAAAUCAAGAUUACGACAGAAAUCCAAGUCAUAGAUAUGAUUCGAAUAAUUACGAAUAUAGAGAUGACUCACGUAAUAGAGAAACUAACCUAAAUAUAGUCAACGGUAGAAGUUAUAGAAACAGAUCACAUUCAAGAGAUCGAGACAAUAAUGGAUAUUACAAUUACAGCUACAGGCAUCAAUACAGCAGAGAACAUAGUCAAGAGAAAACACCAGAGAGAUACAGAGGAGAUCGCUAUAUUAAAGAAUCAGAAAUAGUUACAUGCUAUAGGUGUAAUGAAAAAGGCCGUAGUCGUCCAACUAAAACAUUCGACGAAAGUAGUGCGCGUUCAAAACGACGAAAAUGUCAACUUCUAUACAAAUCAUCAAGUUUAAGUGAACUUAGUGAGACAACUUCAUAUGCGUUUAGGAAAAUAGGAAAUGAAGAUACAGCAAAAUUGGUAAAAGAAGCGGCAAACUCUACUCCAACAAGAGGAAAAAAGAUUCGUGAUGUAUGGAAGGAAAAUAAAAAUACAUUAAAGUCGUCUAUGAUGAGUCCGGAAGUAGCUCUGUCUUUAAUUAUUGCAUGUUCGUUACCGAAAUUCCAAUACAAUAUGCUCCGUAAAAACGCUAAAGAACAUAACCGUGAUUUAUAUCCUUCAUAUGAUCAGCUUCUUGUUGAGAAGGUAAAUGCGUAUCCUAAACAAAUUACAAUCGAAGAAUAG